CAGUGUUCAUGACACAAUCUCGUUCCCAGGGCUGAGAAAUCCUGGGAACGAGGUUUAAUUACGAGCUGCAUCAGCGUUUUGAACGUGCUCUUUUUUUCAACCGUGUUCUUUUGUUUCGUUCACACUCAGAAGCGUGUUUUUACGGAAUAGAACUUUCCAUCAAUAUAUUAGCUACUUCAGUUGUGUUCGAUUGGAAAUGCGAGAAUCUGAUUGCUUCUCUCAUCGUUUUCUAUUCCCGUAUAGACCACGAUCGCUCGCGUUGCUCUUGAAACUGAAAAUUACUCUCAAGUCUUUAAAAUACCAAAGAAUUCUAGGUCCUGUGCUGUAAUCCUUCAGAGUGACUACUAAAACAAUUGCAUGUAAAUUACUUGCCCUCGUUUUCUAUGAGCGAAAGUGAACUCGGCUAUGCCUCGUUGACUAUUCGCUCAUAGAAAACUAGGGCGAGUAGUCUAAUUUUUUUCAUGUUUUUUUUCAGGCUGCCAGAUGCUCUUCACAGGCGAGUCAGUGGACCAAAGUUUGGUGUUUUUUCCAUCUGGUUCUGUUCGGGAACAAACUGUAGACGUGCCUGCCAACCAGAGGUGCACCUUCUAUUAUGGAAAUCGAUUCUAUGUACAAUAUCUGGAUUGUACUGGCUCCUGGAGGUCAAUAGAAUCACCAAAUCUGCUUGACACUAUAGAGCUGACACCCGGUUGGUCCUCAAGUCAGCUGAGGAUUAGGAUCAAAGGUGGUACAACACUAUUCCAGAACGUAACUGCUGGCCGUCUCGUUAGAGUUGCAAUACAAUGUCGAACUGACACUUCUAACGUUCAGUUGACAAGCUCAUGUGUUGUGUUCCAGGUCCAUGGGAAAAUUGACUGCCCGUACCCUAGGCCGACCCUAUCACCAGCAUUAACCGCGGCGACCUUGCCAACACCGGUAACAGAAAGAUUAGAUGCAACAGGAACUCCUCCGCCGGUGACCACGCCAGCAAAUAAAACAACGACGACCCCGUCUUCCGAAGAAGCAACAACAGUGCAGCCUUCUGAAGGAACGACCAUUAGUGGAACCGGUGACGGUGAGGGCACAGAGACGGUGAAAAGAAAAGAGAAACACGUUCUAAAAACAAACGGGAAAUUCUAAAAUACAAUUUGCGAAUCAAAUUUGGCAAUUUGGCCUUAACCUCUUUGGUAAUUAGUUAGGUGCGACUUUCAAGUAAACGACAUAAAUGUUGCCAAACGAAGGCCAUGCGUCAGCUGUCAAAAAAGAGCAAAUCUCUAACAAAUUAAGUUGCCACGAGCAAAGCAUUUAACAGCAUUUAUGGCACAAAUGUUAUAAAACAACACCAAUAUAUUUACCAAGAAUAACUUAUAAGAAUUGAUAAAAACCCAGUUUUCUACCGUGGUGAAAUCAAAACUGAAGGCAAGAACUCAGGGUUAAGGUUGAUUAUUUGCCAAAACAAUAUUUGUGCUAUCUUUUUCGGAUAACCAAGAACCAUAGAUGUCGACGUCAAGUUUGAAAUUGAAAGAAUUUGCAAAACUAUGGAUCAUCGCCAGCGAUGUUUCGAAUCAGUCUGAUCAAUUGGUCUCAUGAGUACAAAAAAGUACACGGAAAUUUUCAUGCACCUUGGGCAUAAACACAAUAAUUAAAGGAACAUGAAAAUUUCCGUGUACCUUUUGACUACUAUAAAAAAAUUAAGGUACCUGGAAAUUUCCAUGUACCGUAUUAUUACGAAUAAGAAAAGGUACAUGGAUAUGUCUGUAUACCGCAUGACUACAUACAAGAAAAGGUACAUGUAAAUUUCCAUGUAGUUGUGACUACAUUCAUGAAAAUUUCCAUGUAACUUAUGAAUACGUUCAAGAAAAGGUACAUGAAAUGUCCAUGUACCGUGUGACUACUACAAGCAAGGUACAUGGAAAUUUCCAUGUACUUGUACUACUAUACAUUCAUGGAAAUUUCCAUGUAACUUGUGAACACGUUCAAGAAAAGACAUGGAAAUUUCCAUGUACCCUGUGACUACAGACAAAGAAAGGUUGACUGAAAUUCGAUUCGUUCGGAGUAACGUCAAAAAUAACCACUGAACUUGAGCGACCUCCUGGCCAGAGCGCAAGAUUAGUGCAUAAGAUCGCAUACAUGAAGCGCAGUAAGUGAACGUGGGCUGAACCGGUAGUCUGAUUAGCUGUCAGCAAGCAGGUAUUUAUGAGCGGUAGACAUUACUUCGUGAAAGUACCAGCAAGUAAAUUCUAUUAAAAGUCAGUACGGACACUGUCGGUGAUCAUGCUGCAGUCCAUCACACAGAAUCUACGGGCAAAUUAAUUAAGUGGGUAGAAUAUACAAAACAGUUGCAGGCCAUGAACGUGCCAAGUAGAUGUGUUUAUCAUGCAAUAUACAAAAGCGCGCCAUUUUGAUUUUCCAAGAACACGUGUACAUGUAGCGUUGUAGUUCCAAUCAUUCCUUUAGAAAGUUACGAAAAUAUUCAAUUUGUUUGUGAAGAUAGAGUUUUUCGUUCGAUUACAGUUAAAGAAGAUGUUUAGAUUGUAACACAAGCCAAACAAGCUGCCCGGGGGCUUAAGAGAGGAUGUUUUAUCUGUUACUGUUCCUUACAAAACUCUUCGUAGCGUUUACUUAAUCAGAGAUUUCCGUUCAUUUUUAACAAUGUAAUCACAUGUUGUUUCUUUUCUCAUUUCCAGGUCAAUGCUUCUUCCAAAGAGAGCUGUCUUACUAAGCCAGGGUUUUGUGUAUCAGUAAAUCAAUGGACAGAUUUCAUACAGUGGAAAAAUUUUACCCCCUCUCACUAACUAAAUUGCGUUAAUGGACCAUCUGAUGCGUUCAUAUAACAGGGAACGUAAAAAUAGCUGUAUUGCAGUAUCGUCAAAGGACUGUGUAGAAAUUUCCAUGUACACUUUCUGUGUCAUCUGGAGGUAUAUGGAUAUUUCUAUGUGCAUAAAUUGUGUUGUACACAUGUGCGGUGCAUGAAGGUGCAUGGAAAUUUCCAUGUACCUUUACACGUGUGGUGCAUGAAUGCACAUGGGAAAGGUACAUGGAAAUUUCCAUGUACCUUUACACGUGUGGUGCAUGAAUGUACAUGGAAAGGUGCAUGGAAAUUUGCAUGCACCUUGACACGUGUGGUGCACGAUCGCACAUGGAAAUUUCCAUGUACCUUAACACGUGUGGUUCAUGAAGGUACAUGAAAAGGUGCGUGGAACUUUACAUGCGUUGUGCAUGAAGGUACAUGGGAAAGGUAUUUCGAAAUGUCCAUGUACUUUAAUUAUGUGCCAGUGGUGUAGAAAUCCAUCGAAAUGAUGGAAGAGUUUUACAUCAACUAGAAUAAAAUGGGCCACCAAUAAAAUUACGAGAAAAUUUGUUUCAUUUGCUUUCCAACGGCAUUACCUUUACAGGAAAUAAUGAAGUCGGUAAAUGUUUAAAUUUUUAUUUACUCAUUGGAAUCUUGCUAGCCAGCGCCUUCAUGGGUUUUAGACUACACUUAAGAACUUCACUAAAGUAAGCCGAUUAUUGCCAAAAUAUCGGCAUUUUAGAAUAUCCAGUUUGUUUUUAGAACGUGCUGAAAGGAAGAACACAUGCAUUCAUUUUCACCAGAUCAAUGGAUCGAGGCAACAGUUGAUCCCCUUGAUACUGCUCAUCUUAUGGCGCUCUAACAGUCCUACUGAGUAAGUCUUACUACAAUGUAUAUACUAAAUUAAUCUUAACAGUUCAAGGUUCACUGAUCAAGGACCAUAAGUGCACAAUAAUCAGGGGCGUAGCUAGGGGGUCCCGGGGUUCCCGUGACCCCC